AUGUUCACAAACGUAGAAGUUACUGGAACUCCUUAUAUAGAUCUGAAGAAUAACUUGAUUAGCACUAUUGAGCCUGGAGCCUUCCAUGGACUUUCAGAACUGAAGCGCUUGGAUCUUUCCAAUAAUAGAAUUGGAUGUCUGACCCCAGAAAUAUUUGUGGGCCUUAACAAUCUUCACAAAUUGAAUUUAUCAGGGAAUAUUUUUUCAAGUCUCAUGAAUGGACUUUUUUCUGAGCUAUUAGCUCUGAAAGCCUUACAUUUCAACACUGAUUCGCUCAUCUGUGACUGUAAUCUAAAAUGGGUUUUGCAGUGGGCUAGAAAUGCUUCAGUUCGAAUAGCAGAAGAAACAGUUUGUGCUUAUCCCAGUACUUUUCGAGGACUGGCAUUUCAUAACCUGAAGGAAAACCAGCUGAUAUGUGCUGGACCUUUGGAACUGCCUCUUUUUGAACUGAUACCAUCACAAAGGCAGGUGGUUUUUCAUGGAGACCGCUUGCCAUUUCAGUGCACUGCAACAUAUGUUGACAACACUACCCAAGUACACUGGUACCAUGAUGGUCUUCUUAUUGAAACUGAUGAAGAGAGUGGCAUAUUUGUGGAGGACAGCAUAAUACACGACUGCUGUUUAAUUACACGUGAGCUUAUCUUGUCCAACAUUGACAUUGAUGCAACUGGAGAUUGGGAGUGUCUGAUCAACAACUCCUAUGGAACCAGUACUAAGCACGUAGAAAUUGUGGUAUUAGAAACAGCAGCACCCUACUGCCCUGAGGAAAGAAUAAUUAAUAAUAAAGGAGAUUUCAGAUGGCCCAAAACUCUAGCUGGGAUAACUGCUUAUCGCCCCUGUCUUCACUAUUCAUCUAGCUCCAUUUCUCUCCACAAUGGAGCAGAAGAGUCAAAGGCAUGGCGUAAAUGUAACCGGACGGGACGCUGGGCAGAUGAAAACUAUUCUGAAUGUCCAUAUUCACAAGAAGUAACUCAAGUCCUUCAUGCUUUUAGUCAGAUGCACGUCAACGCCACCAAUGCUCUUGAAUUUUCCCGCCAACUUACAGCCUACACAAGAGGUGCUUCCAACUUUGCAGAUAAGAUGGAUAUUAUAUAUUUGGCUUAUAUAAUGGAAAAGUUAAUAGUCAUCGCGGAUGAAGUCAAAGAUCUUGGAGAUGCUAUAAUUGAAAUUGCCAGCAACAUAAUGUUGGUAGAUGACCAUGUGUUGUGGAUGGCCCAGAAUGAAAACAAAGCCUGUACCAGGAUUGUACAAUGUGUGGCACACAUUACAAAUCAGGCACUGACCAGCCAUACUCAGGUUAUAUCAAAGAUUUCCCUUAAUAUUGCUCUGGAGGCCUUUAUGAUCAAGCCAUCUAGCUUCAUAGGAAUGACUUGCACUGCCUUCCAGAAAAUAUCUGAAAAUUCAGACAGGUCCCUGAUCCAUGAUGUGGGGAACUGGGAAGCAGAUUAUCACCCAGACGAACAUUUGAAUUUUAAGUGCAACGAUGGCAGUCUCAGUGGUUCUUUCAUGAAUUUUUCUACCAAAGUCAGUUCCCAGACUCGCACUGGCAGCACGUUUGAAGAGGAAGGUGACCAGUUCUCUGUGCGGAAACAGAGUGGUUCAGACUAUUUAGAGAGACUGGACGAGCACAAUCCUCGGGCCAGAUGCGCUGCAUCAAGGUACACCAUCCAUUCCCUUGUACUCUCACCUGGAACAUUUCUCAUCCUUAAGUCACCAGCUUUUGACCCAAUGGAGCUAAUUGUUCUCAGUACUCAGCAUGAAUUAGCUCUGAGCCUGCACAUUUAUCCUUCUGGACAGCUGCUCUCAACACAGAGUAACUCAGACAAAUAUCCAUUGGAAGGGAUUUCUUUGCAAGUCUCCACAGAGAUCUGGGCCUUGUGCUUGACGUUUUUUGCAACACCUGUGGUAUUGAUGAAAACUUCUGGUAUAGAGAUGCUGUUGCUGGACCAUAAUAACAGACCUGAGGCAGUUACAGUCUGGGGGAAAAAUCCAGAUUUGGUGGAGAAAGGAGGAGAUUUUGUAUUUGAGAAUGACUGCUUGAGGCAUGGAUCCUUUAAGGAAGUGGAGCCAGGAGAAGGGGCCCCAAUGGAGGGUAAUGAGGAAGAGAAGCCUAAAGAGGGUUACCAGUAA